AUGCCCCCUGGUGUUGAAGCGAAGCAACAUGAGUGUGUGAUUGACAUUACGACGGUGCACUCCGGGCUUCAGGACAAUGACCUGUCGAGGCGGCGAAUAUUGGCACUACACGUCCAUAGUGCUCUCCUGGCCGUUGAUUGUCAGGCGGUUGACUCCAACGUGGCUGAGGCGUUUUACGGGCUUUUGAUGACUGAUCAUCUUUUGGGCGGAUAA